GGCGGAAGUGCGUGCUACAGUGUGUUUCUGGGAAGCUGUGCGCUCCAUCAUUGACUUCCGGUACAGGAGCAUGUUGUUAUUGGACUCUCUAUUGUUCUGCAUUAGCCCCCUCCGCCUAGUCACAGCCAAUGUCCCUCCCUGUCAGAGACCUGUGCUCUCUAGUCCUGGUGUCUUUCCUUUGGGGAGCCACCAACCCCUUUCUGCGGAAGGGAGCAGAGGGCUUGGAGCGUGUAAAGGAGGAGAGAAGUAUCCGGCAGCUACUGUCUGAAGCCAGGUUUUUGAUCUCCAAUUGGAGGGUGAGACUCAAGGCUGGAGUGGUGGCAUUUUAUUAGUUAAAGAAUUGCUGCAACUCUAUCAGAAUUCCCGUGUGACCCCAGUUAGCAGCUUCACACCCUGUUGGUCCUUUCCUGAGGUCUACAAAUAUUAGAGAUGCUUCUAAUCCUAUUACACGUGUGUUAUUUCAUUCACAGAUCAAAUGAAAAGUGACCAAUAGAGAGAAACAAGGAGCAGUAAAAACAAAAUCGAUACCCCCUUUUGGUUACUUCUCAUUGAAUCUGUGAAACAAAUUACACCAAUAUAUAUACACAAAACAUGUAUUAAGUAUAUAUUUUGCAGUUAGUGGCCAAUCUGUGCACCAUUUUGGUCUAUCUUAAUUGAUUUUCAGGAAGCAAUUGCAUAGACUAAUUUAGUCUGAAAAGAAAUGGACAAAACCCGAUCACCCUAACAAUUACAAUCUGCAGUACAUGCAACAGAUUAUAAAUAUAAACUAUAAGCACAUGUUUUGCACUUAAAAGGAAGUGCUCUGCGUGCAGGAUCCAUGUCCCCAUUAGUCCUGCAAUGUAAAACAUUGCCGAUUUUAUGAAGUCGCAUUGUUUACAUUGCAGUACUAUGACAACCUCUACAGGCGCUUCCAGUAGUUUACCAGAUUCUAGGUCACCUAAUUGAUGCUGGAUGUUCCCACACUUUGGUUGAGGACGUCCCCGUCCGUAAAAUCCAAUAGGUAAACAUUGAGGCAAUGCUUUCCUAUGGGGAGGGCCUGAUGCGCUCUCUGUGCAUUAGGUCACCCCAGUUGGAUGCUGUUGGAGGAGGUGGAGCCCCGACCCACUGCCGAAAUCGGCGCUGGAAUCCGGUGAGUAAAUAAAGGGUGUGUCAACCCUUUACAUUCCUGGGGUCGAGAGGGCUCUAUAGCAGGGGUUCCUAACCCAGUCCUCAAGUACCCACUACCAGUCUUGGAUUUAGGGAUUACCCUGUUGUGCCUAAAGUUUUUUAUUUUCUACAAACACGUUAGACACAACUGGAUAAUCCCUAAAUCCUGGACUGGUAGAGGGUACUUGAGGACUGGGUUGGGAACCACUGCUCUAUAGUGUUAGCAAUACUACUUUGUAUUCCUAACACAAUAGAAUUUAAGAACACAGCAAUUCUGUCAUUUUUGCUAUGUGUGUGUUCAAAUGCAAUUUCCAUUUUCUCACUUAUUGAACCAACACAUAUCCUAUGCAGUUUUUUAAAAUAAAAAUAAAAAGUCAGAAAGAACGAGCGCAGUUUGGGAGGGGAGAGCAAACUUUCACUUGCAGUUACUCUGAAGGGGAAGAUUUCUACUUCUGCUGUGCACGCUGCCCCCCUUAGUCCUUUUAUAAAGCAGUAUGGGCAUGUCUCCCUUUUAUAGAGAAGCAAUGGCCAGUGUCCUCCAUGAGAAAAUCUGAUUGGGUGACCAACUGCAAUUUCCCAAUCAGAUUUGCACAAUUGCUGGAAGAGGAGUUGCAUCAAAACAGAGCAUUAUUUGGAGCAUUAUUAGGAAUCAAGUUAUCAUUUAGAUACACAUUACGAAGAUAAAAUAAUGCAAUUAAAGGGAAACUAUAGUGCCAGGAAAACAAACUCGUUUUCCUGGCAUUAAAGCUCCCCCUUUGUUAAUAACCACUUCUGUCACUUACCUGGGUCCAGUGCCAAUGUCCCUCAGCACUGGUUUGGCUGUGCACAAGCUUCUCCCUCCUGCCAGCAAUAGCCAAGUUCGCUUUAGGAUUUCCCCAUAGGAAAGCAUUAUACAGUUCCGGUGACACUGGAAGUCCUCAUGCUUAGCGUGAGAAUGUCCAGCGUCAUUUAGGCGACCAAAAGUCGCCUUCGAGCCCAGAAGUCCCUAUAGUAGCUGUCUGGCAAGAAGCCACUAGAGGAGGAGUCAACCCUAGCAGGUAAUGAUUGCAGUUUAUACAUGGUUAAAGGUGAUAGGACAUUGCACCCAGACCACUUCAAUGAGCUGAAGUGGUCUGGGUGCCUAGAGUGCCCCUUUAAAAUGUAGUUCAUAAUUCAGUGGAGUUUAAUUUCUUACCUUUUAAUUAAAGAAACACUAUAGUAUUCGUAACACAAAAAUGUAGUUCUAAAGCUGUAUGUUUUCCUCCCUAAUUUAAUUCAAUGCUUUCCUAUGAGGAAGGACUAAUGCGUGUGCAGCACUCGCCGCACAUGCACAUUCGGUUCCCCCCUCCACACUGAUGUCAGAGGAAACGGAGCCAGCACCCAGGGUACUCAGUGCUUUAUUUAAGUGAGUGAAAGAAAGGGUUGUUUCAUCCAGGGGCAUUCUGAAGAGGGUGAGGUGACUGGUAAGUUGUUCAACCGUUCACAAAAUCGCAUUAGACUACUUGCUCUGGGAGGGCACCAGGGCACUCCUGAUAACAUGACUAUCACAGUGUGCUGUAUGUGACAAUAUCACUCCUUAUCUUGCAGUAUGUGGUCCCUUUCUUGAUGAACCAGUGUGGCUCAGUGGGUUUCUACCUCACCUUGGCUUCAGCAGGUUAGACUCUUUUCACUAUUAUUAUUUGAAUUAUAAUCCUCUAUGAUAUUUGUUGCUCACCACUGCCUCUUUACCCAUACACAGAACUAUCCCUGGCUGUCCCACUCUGUAAUUCACUGGCUCUGGUCUUCACGGUGGUUACAGGCACAUUUCUUGGAGAAGAUAUUGGUGGCAGAGGUAAGUGACUUGAUAAGCACUGAUAUUAAAGGACCACUAUAGUCACCCAGACCACUUCAGCUCAAUGAAGUGGUUUGGGUGCCAGGUCCCCCAGGUUUUAAGCCUGCAGCUGUAAACAUAACAAUUUCAGUGAAACUGCUAUGUUUACAAUGCAGGGUUAAUCUAGCCUCUCGUGGCUGUCUUGCUGACAGGCGCUUCUGCGACGCUCAAUGCGAAAAUCGCAUUGAGCAUGCAGAACAUCCAUAGGAAAGCAUUGAGUAAUGCUUUCCUAUGGGCAGUUUAAAUGCGCGCGCGGCUCUGGCCGCGCAUGUGCAUUCAGCUCCACUUGGGAGCUGACGUCGGAGGGGAAGGAGAGGUCACCAGCGCCGAGGGAGCCCGGUGCUGGAUAAAGGUAAGUGGCUGAAGGGGGGCCCUGAGGCAAAGGGGGACCUAAGGACUAUAUAGUGCCAGGAAAACCAUUUUUUUUUUCUGGCACUAUAGUGGUCCUUUAAGAUACCUUCAAUUACAAAAUGUAUCAUAUUUAUUCAGAGCAAGAGAGAAGUUUUAAAUGGACCAGCUUCUGAAUUUUAUUCCAAAUACACAGAAAUAGCAAAACAAAUUAAAAGUACAAGUAUUUAACAAAUACAAACAACAUAUCCUCCAAAGUUUGAAUUUUCUUCAAAUGAUAGUCUGAGAAGUUAGCUGAUUUGUUUUAGACUCAAGAUGAAUCUUAAAGAUCAAAAUGGGCAACAGUGUGGGUAUUGUUCCUUUAUUUGAUUCAGCAUAGAAGAAUAUAACAUAUUUGCACAAUUAUUUACUGUAUGCACAGGGCCGGUGCAAGCAUUUUUGCCGCCCUAGGCAAAAGAAAGAUUUGCCGCCCCC